UGUUUCUUAAUACGCGAAAUUCGGGGAGCUUCAUUUAUUGUUUUCUCAUUCAGAAGUGUAAGUUAGAGAAUAUUGUAAAAAAAAUAAUAACUGCUAAUACAAAGUGAUGUUAAGUGAAAUAAUUUUGAUGCAUGAAGAAAAUAUAAGAAGUGAAACUAGAAUUGCUUAAAAGUUUGAAAGAAGUAAUGAAAAGAGUUUCUAAAUACAGAGCAUAAAGUGGAUUUGAGGCGGCGUAUCUGCAAAGAUGGUGCAAAUGUACUAAUAUACAUACGUAUGGGUUUAUAUGUAUACAUGUGUGCGUGCAAGUAUGUAAACCAAAAUAAUACACAACACCGAAACUCAUAUGGAAAGUGAUGUCAGUGUAUAGCAGUGAAUCGAAGAAGUAAAUCAGGUUUUUGUAGUGGAAGCUGAACCGUGACGCAGUGUCGUGUCAGCCGAAUGACCAUAGUAACAGAAACAGGCAAGGCAGCAGAAUUCUUCAGUGCGAGAAAUCUGAAGACGAAUAAAAAUAAGAAAAGGAAAGAAUAUUUGUGUUUACGUAAAUAAUAUACGGGUUUGUGUAUCUGUUUGUGCAAUUGUGUUAAAAGCCGUUUGGCAACUUCUUACAUUACAACGCGGCAAUUGGCAGUGUUUGUUGAAAAAGGCAGUCUACAGAGUAGAAUAGGGGCAGCUGUAAAGAUUAUUGCGCUGCUAACGUUUACGUUGGCACUAUGUAAAAAGCAACACGAAAACAAGUGGAAUUAAUGUUGCUCACUCUGUGUUUGUUAUUUUGAGGUCGCCCUCUGAAAUUUUGCAUGAGUGGAGUGUAGUAUGAAAAAGAUUUCUAAAUAUUCUUUGAAGUGCAAACUCAAAUAAAAUGUGUGAAGUAUCGAAAUGAAGCACGAUAAAUUUUUUAUAUGAACAAAACUUGAGUGUGAAAUAUUAGAUGUAUCUUAUUGUUUUACAGAAAACCAACAAGCAUGAAAUUCUUUGAAUAGAUUUGAUUAAUUGACAUCGGACCAUUUAGUGAAUUCAAGAAAAAAACACAAUUGUCCUGAAACUAGGCAUUCCUAUAUGUAGUUAUAUCGGGCAAGUAAAGAUUUAUUAAAGAUUAUAAUUCAUACUUCCGUAUUUGACUAAAAAUCGUAUGAAUUCAUUUUAUAGCAUUUGGUUUUUCUAAGUAAAAGCGAAGAUAUUAAAGGCUAGCGCUGAAUGUCACUUUUUCUGUAUGCAUACAUACAUAUUGAGCCCCAGCCGCGAAAAUAAGCACCAACACAAUGCCAAGAAUUAAAUUGUUGCACACACACUAUCAACUUUUGGCGUUAGCGCUUGUCAUCAUCGCACCGUUAGUCAGCUCCGAAACGAAUCGCCCGCCUGUAUUCACUCAAGUCCUCAAUAAUAUUGUGCUUGAGGAAAAUGCAGCCGUAGGUACAAUUGUCGCGCAACUGCAAGGCUAUGAUCCGGAGGGCAGUAAUGUUACCUUUGGUGCCAUCGGCUCGGAACACUUUGAAGUGGAUCCCAUUACGGGUGUUAUAAAAUUAAUUAAGCCAUUAGAUCGCGAGGAGAAAGACAGUCUACUAUUUUAUGUUACGAUACGGGAUCGUGUCAAUCCCGAUGGUGAAUCUGAUCAGGAUAAUAUCGUACAAGUGCCAAUCACUAUUAUUGUGCUGGAUGAAAAUGAUAACCCACCAGAAUUUCAGAAUACACCAUAUGAAACAGAUGUCAAUGAAGAUGCCUCCGUUGGCACAACAAUUUUCAACCAAAUACUGGUAACAGACCGCGAUACUAUCGGCGAGAGUCUCGACUUAAAAUGUCUGCCACAAGAGCAAAGUCCGGAGGCGUGCAACAAAUUCCGCUUGGAACCAUUAUCGCGUGAGCCGACCGUGCUGAAGGCGGCCGUGGUGCUGAAUGAUACGCUGAAUUAUAAUCAGCGCAUGAUUUAUCACUUUCAAAUUGAAGCAACGGAUGGCGUACAUAAAUCACAAACGAAUUUCGAAGUACGCGUUAAGGAUGUACAAGAUAAGCCGCCUGUAUUUCAGGGCUCCUUGUCGGCGGUCAUCGACGAGGAUAGUCCCAUUGGCACGCUGGUGCUGAAGGUGCAGGCGCGCGAUGGCGAUACAGGCGAGCCGAGGAAAAUCGUUUACGAUUUGUUAACGAAUCCGAUGGACUACUUUUUACUGGAUGAGAAGAGCGGUGAAUUGCGUACAGCUAAACCUUUGGAUCGUGAGGCGCUUCCCGAUAGCACAGGCUUAAUAACACUCACUGUUAGGGCCCGCGAGCUUGUUAACGGUAUAGCCAGUAGCGAUCCGCUUACCAGCACUACCGCCCAAGCGACUGUAACCAUACGCGAUGUUAACGAUUCACCGCCCACAUUCAAUAAGAAAGAGUACGAAGUGUCACUGCAAGAGAAUACUGCACCGGGCACACCCCUUGCGCUCGACAUGAAUGUGACGGAUCGUGAUGUUGGCAUCAAUUCGAAAUUCUCACUUCGUUUGGAUGAUGUAUCUGGCGUGUUUGAAGUGGAGCCGAAAUUUGUCAACGGUUUCUCACAAGUCAAUAUACGCGUCGGCAAUGGCACACUCGACUAUGAGAAUCCCAAUCAGCGUAAAUUCAUUGUGCUUGUCAUUGCUGAGGAGACGGAUACCAAUCCGAAGCUAUCUUCAACUGCUACCAUCACAAUAACAGUGUUGGAUGCAAAUGAUAAUAAACCAAUUUUCGAACAUGAAUCCUACUCGGCAAGUAUAUCUGAAGCAGCGCUUCCAGGUCAAUAUAUCACCACCAUCACCGCAAAGGAUGUAGACUCAGGGCAGUAUGGUGAUGCCGGAAUACGUUAUAGCCUUUCGGGCACUGGUGCAGAACUUUUUCAUGUUAAUGAGCAGACGGGUGUAAUAACGUUGGCCGAUUGUCAUGCAGCUGCCGGUGGUACAAGUGACAGAGUAGGGCGUCAACGACGCGCAUUGCACACACAGGCCGAAGCAGCCGAUUAUGCAUCUCUACUGCCUUUCUUAGAUAUGGAUAACUACAGUCAUUUGGUGGCAUCCUCAUCGUCAUCGGUGGAGGAUAAUGACCCGCCCGCUGCGUUAUUCAAUGCAUUGGAAAUCAACACAGAGCCAACGGUAGAGUAUACUGUGGUGACACAAUCGGAAGCACGCAGCAGCAUUAACGAUGUCAUUAGUGAAGCAGCAACAGCACAAACAGCGCCAGCAGUAGCAACAGUACCAACAAUACCAUCCCACUUGUCGCCAGCGUUGACAACUAGCACAACUUACACCUCCUCUCUUCCGACAACAACCCAAACCAACAUAGGCGCAGAGUUGCCGAGUACGUGCCUCGACUACGAAACGGAGACCACGUACUUUUUGUCAUACAAAGCAACAGAUGACGGCGGUCAAGGCCAAACAUCCGUAGUAGCGCUGCGCAUUUCAGUAACCGAUGCCAAUGAUUCGCCGCCUGUGUGUGAGAGUCCGCUGUAUCGCGCCGCCGUCGAUGAGGGUGCACACGUAUUUGACUCGCCGUUGGUGGUGAAGGCGCGCGAUGCCGACACCAUUUCCGACAUUAGCUACCGCAUUAUUGGUGAUAAUCAAAUCGCAAGCAUUUUCACUAUUGACAAACGUUCCGGUCAAAUAACUGUGCGUCCAAAUGCGACGCUCGAUGUGACACACCUGAAGCGCGACUAUUUGGUGUUUACCGUGGAGGCAAAUGAUGGCGUCUUCGCUACCAAUUGUGGUGUAAAUAUAACGGUGCGUGAUGUAAAUAAUCACGAGCCGCGUUUCCUUGCCGAAGAGUACUUUGCAGUGGUGGAGGAGAAUUCGGAGAUUGGCACAAGUGUGGAGAAGCUCCAAGCAGAGGAUUUAGAUUCAGGCAAAAAUGCAGAAAUAAGAUACCGCAUUGAACAUGGCAGCUUUAAUGAUUUUCGUAUUGACGAACGAACUGGUGAUGUUUUCGUAUCGCGCAAGUUGGAUUAUGAUCGACGUAAUACCUACCAAAUCGAGGUGCUGGCAACUGAUUUGGGUACACCAAGCUUAUCAGGCACAACUAUGCUUACGGUCAACAUAAACAAUAGCAACGAUAAGGAUCCAUAUUUCACACCGGCCACGCAGCAUGCAGAUGUUCCCGAGGAUGCUCCUGUUGGCACAUUAGUCCACACUCUGGUCGCACUCGAUCCCGAUGUGCCCACGUACAGCGCACUCGAAUUCGCAGGCACUGAUAUUACCGUCAUCGACAAAGAUGGCAAAGAAGUGCCAAACAGUGAACAGUUUAAAGAAUACUUUACCAUAAAUCGCAAAGGACAAGUGAUCGUGAACAAGCAGUUGGAUCGAGAACUCUUUGCCGUCAUACGAAUCAAUGUGCUUGUAACGGAUAGCACCGCACCCACUGUACAGCAGGGCCGUGGACUGCUUAACAUACAGAUUACGGAUGUCAAUAAAACGCCACCGAAAUUCAAUCCGCCAUGGACGCCCGAAAACCCUGUAAUCAAACUGCAGAUGACCGAAGAGCAACCAAUUGGCUCAGUACUGACUACUCUGCAGGCCUACGAUGAUGACUCCACUAUCGGCGAAUACAAUAUAUCACCGAAUGCAUAUUUUGCCAUCAACAAGACUACGGGCGUGAUCACUUCGAUCUCGCGCAUUGACUAUGAAUCGGUAAAGGAAGUAAAACUCGUGGCCACUGUGAGCGACACCGGCGUACCAUCGCUCACAUCAACAGCUGAAGUCACUGUGGAUAUUAUCAAUUUGAAUGACAAUGAACCACACUUUAGCCAAACAGAGUAUCAUUUCAAUGUGACAGAGAAUUCACCACGUGGCACUGUCGCCGGCAAGGUGGAGGCAUUCGACGCCGAUGUCGGCACCUUUGGUGAACUGACAUAUUCGCUGAUUGGCGAGAAUAACAAAUAUUUCAGCAUUGACGCGUACACAGGCAGUAUAAUGGUAGCCGAUGCGGCAAUACUCGACCGUGAGAAGAUCAGUGAGAUCACAUUGACGGCUGUGGCGCAAGACAAAGCGCCAGCCACGGUGCAGAAAUCGGCAACGGCGGCGAUCCACAUCAAUGUGCUCGAUGUCAAUGAUAAUGCGCCAAUAUUCACACAAAACCAAUACACGACAACAUUGGCGGAGAAUGCUGCAUUUAAUCCGCCAGCUGCAUUGUUGCAAGUGAAAGCGCUCGAUGCGGAUGAGGGUCUGUUUGGCGAUGUACGCUACUUUAUCACAGCAGGCAAUGAGCAAGGUCUCUUCCGGCUCGACGCCCAAACCGGUAUUGUUUAUCCAGCGCAAAGCUUGAAUGGCAAGAAGGGUGUGUACGCACUGGAAGUAGUCGCACGUGACACUCAGGGCUCGGGUACAAUGGAGAGUCGAACGCGGGUGUUGAUCACGGUGAUGGGUGUAAAUCAGCACCGGCCGGUGUUCGUCAUACCGGCACUCUCGAAUGCCACCAUAGAGAUACCUGGUGAUAUUGUACAACGUGAUUAUUUGCUGCUCACCGUCAAGGCAACAGACAAUGACACCGAUGAGAAUGGUUACAUCUCCUAUCAUCUGCAAGUGAGCAAUGAGAAUGUACAGGAGACCGAAGAAUUUCGAAUCGAUUCUGUUACGGGCGAGCUGCGUACCAAGCGAGAGUUGAAUCGCAAAGAACGCGCUAACUACGAUAUAAUUUUGGUGGCACGCGAUGCUGGCAAUCCAACACCCUUCGAAACAUUACGUUUCCUUAGCAUUAGUAUUGUCGAUGCAAACGAAAAUCGCCCCGAAUUCCCUGAUGCCUCAAAUCCUUACAAAAUAUCCAUCAAAGAAAAUAGUGGGCGCGACGUGAGGAUUGGGCGCAUACAAGCAACGGCGCGUAGUAAACACAAUAGAGAUGUGUAUUACUAUUUGCUGCUGGGUAAUGAGGAUAACGCUUUUGUUGUAGACAAAGCUACUGGAGACAUUUACACCAACAAAAGUUUGGAUAGGGAAGAUACUGAUUUCUACACCCUUUACAUUCUCGCCAGCAUUAAGUCAGAUUUGCAUAUUUCUGAAGAAGAACGCGCUUCGUUUUCAAUAAAAAGUCUCGGACGGGAUAAUACAGUGGCCAAGGUGUGGAUAACAGUGCUCGAUGAGAAUGAUAAUGCGCCAAUCUUUGAAAAAGAGGUUUACUAUGCCGGCGUUAAUGCGAAAGCCGCCAUCAACAGUAUAAUAACCAUAGUAAAUGCGACCGAUGCAGAUGCCGGCAAGAAUGCCAAAACUGAGUACAUGAUUGUGGCGUCUAAUCUGUAUAAAUAUGGCGCCACGAAGGCGACCGGCUCUAUAGUGCCAAGUCCGUUUGCUAUUUCGCCCGACGGUCGUAUCACCACCGCUGCUUUUAUGGCCGAGUAUAAUCAGGAUCGUUUUGAAUUGGAAGUAAUUGCCAAAGAAUUGGAACAACCACAGCAAUCCACGCGCACUAAAGUCUAUGUUUGGGUAUUUGAUUCAACGCAGUUGGUGCGCGUUAUACUCUCUCGUCCACCUGAAGAAGUACAUCAGGAGCAAGAAGAAAUAAUCGCUGAAUUGCGUAAUGCGACACAACACCGCAUCAUAGUUGAUGAGAUACGUUAUCAUGUGGAUGCAAUGGGACGCAUACGAAUGGACUGGUGCGAUUUAUUUUUCCAUGCGGUGGAGCCCCAUUCACAGCAAAUCGCUGCAGUCGAUGAGAUUUUAAAGGUUAUCGAUGCAAACUAUGAUUACUUGCGGGACUAUUAUGCCGGAUUUGCUAUUGAGAAUGUCGUACCCGCCUACAUAACCAUCGUCCAGGAUGAAUUUGAUUUGGCCGUGGCAGGUUUGGUGGCGCUAAUCAUUGUGCUCUUUGUAGGCGUCAUUAGCUUUAUUGUGCUGUGUUGCUGUCUUAAGCAUUGGAAUCUCUCCGUACCCGUAGAAAAUCGCCGCAAAGAAGCUUUGAUCAAAAAACAAAUCAUUGAAGAUUUGAAUACAACAGAGAAUCCUCUCUGGAUAGAGCAAAAACUCAAGCUUUACGAGGAGCAGGAGCUGACUAUGCAGGUCUUCUCCGAGCCCGAUCAUAUCUCGAAUUCGGACUCACCGGCUCAAUUGGAGCGUCAUGUGCCACAUCAUAGUGUUGUCGACAACACAUAUGCAACUAUACAGCCACGUAAUGGCAAUCACGGUCUGAGUAGUUCAGCUGUGCACAACGGAGAGAAUAUUGGUGGUGUGAAUAUGAGCAAUGCCAAUGCGCUGGGACGUGUACACGAUGCUCAUACAAAUGAAUUUGCCGAUUAUGCGACGUUGCGCAACAAUCGAGCGCCAUCGAUGUACGAAUUUACUGGCUCCACAUUUCAAGCGCCCAUACGCGAAGGUGACGAUGCAGUAGCAGAGCUCAUAUAAAAUUCAACCCAUGCCAUGAACUGGACCUGGAUUGUGUAUAGAACUGUAAACGUUGGCAUUUAGUUUCAAUACAUAAUAUUUUUUUUUGGAUUUUGUAAAUUAUAAUUGGUUCAUAAUAUGCAUAAUUUUUUCGAAUGUCUUGGAUAAGUUAGUAAUGCAAUAAAAAUUUUAAAAAUUUUUUAAAAGCAUAACUAACUUAAAAUUAGGUGAUGGUUUGGGUAUGCCAAGUACAUACAAGUAAAUAGUGCGCGAAAAUUUGUGAAGUAUAUACCUACAUAUGUAUUUAGUAGUUAUGUACUGUAAAGUGCGAAAGUAAUAACUAACAAUAAUUGUAAGCAAAUGAAGAACAAAAGCUUAUGCAUAUACAAUAUAUAGUACAUACAUACAUACCUAUAAAUAAAAUACAUAAUUUGUAUUUAGUCUUAACAACAUAAGGAAUACUCGAGGCAGCUUGAGGAUCGGUAUGCGAUCUAAUAAGGUAGGCGGCGAUAAUAGCGUCAGGCCUCCAAUGACGAGCAAAAGCUCAUAGCCAUGAAAACAACUCGAAUCGAACAGAGCGAAUAAAUCGUUAAAAUAGAGACAACAAAAAAGAAUACAAAAAUAUAUAAAAAUGAGACAAUAAGCGAAAAGUAGAUAUUGCAACGAAAAAAUAACUAACACAAAUUAAUUAUAAUUAUAAUUAUAAUUCGAGUAACCUACACAAUAAGUUCUUCCGUUCCAUGUGAACUAUAUAAGUUUUACUUUAAAAUAUGAAUUUUGUUUACUUUUUUUAUUAAUUAAGUUUGCUUAGUGAAUUUUUUCUGCGCAUAAAGUGAUGCGCUGUUAAAAUGCUUGAACGUAUUUUUAAAUUAAAGCGAUUCCAAUGCAAGUCAUCCAGGUAUUUUGGGCAUUCGCGUAGGUUUUAUUGAAAAUUGGUUAUUUGUGCUGCACGUAUUUGAAAAUAACUCGAAAAGUUAUGGUAAUCCCACUAUGCAGCUUUCAGUGAUUACCGAGCGUAGUAUCUUUCUAUUGACUAAAAAAUAAGAAAAAACUGAGCGGGCGUUCUUAAGGGGUUAGGGGUAGUCAGAGGUCUGAAAAAAUGAUGAUUUUCGAUAUUUUUUUUUUUUUGCUAGUCAGGUGCUUUAUUUUACUUGACUUUAGCAAAAUUUCAAAAAAAAAUUAGUAAUUGUAAAAGUUAUCGCUGUUUGUAUGGAGCCCGUUUCUCCAGAAGUCUCUUGUGGUGAUAAUCACAAGUCCUUGGAGGUUCAUCGAAAAUUAAUCGGACAAGAGAAAUUAAUUUUAUUAGUAGAUAAUUGUGUGCCUGAUCGAAGCUUUUUUUCAUAAUUAACAAUAUGGCGGCCUCAGGAAAUAUUUUUUAGAUUUUCGAGAAAAAAACCGAUAAUUAAUUGUUAAAAAAAUCGAAAUUUUUGGAAAAAAAAUCCUUCGAUCAGGCACGAGUUUUUUAUGUUUUUUAAAUACAGUAUACAUUUUAUGGAAAUCUACCAAGCGGUUUUUAAGUUACGGUGAUCGCCAAUUUAAAAAACAUAGUUUUGAGAAAAACGCAUUUAAAAUUUUGCUACUUGCUCUCGAACGCUCCGGAGCAGCGCCCUUUGUUAAUUGUUGAAUAACUCGAAAAGUAUUUGUUUUCACACAAUAUUUCAAAGGUAUUAUACUUUAAGAAAAUGCAAAAAAAAUCAAUUUUUUUAAAAAUUCUCACUACCCCUAACCCUUAAAAAAUUUUAUUUUUCCACAAAUUUUUAAAUUUAGAAACAUUUUUUUUUAACUCUUUUUUGAUUUAGGAUGUACUAUUAUUAGGAUAAAAAAAUUUAAGAAAAUAUGUAAAAACAUAUUUAAAAAUUAUAUUUAAAUGUUAAAAAAACCGUAGACAUUUCACUUUAAAAAACUCUAUACCCAAAUUUUCAACAUUGAAGCAGUCUGAAAAUUAUUAAUUUAUUUUUCAAAUCUUUUCCAGUUUACUUCUUAUUAUGCUCAAGCCUACAAGUAACCCAAUUUUCAGAAAAAUUUACGACAAUGUUUAAAAUAUUUCGAUCACUUGGCAAUAGCUUGGCUCAGUAACUUCAUAUAUAUACAUACAUAUAUCUUCUAUAUAUCUUACAUUCAAUGCAGCGCUUAAAUUAUGAUAGUUAGUUAUAAUAAAUAUAAUUAGAAUAAUUUACAAUAAUAAAUAUUCCUUGACUUGAGUUAACAAUUCUUUAUGCUAAAUGAACUUGUAUGCUAUAACUACACUUUGUAAAAAUAAACAACACACAAAUAUGCAGAAUGAAAUGCGUACAUAUGUAUAUUAUAGACACAUGCAUACAUAUAUGUAUAUAGACACAUGCAUACAUAUAUGUAUAUACAUACAUACAUAUGUUCAUGUAUAUGUAUAUAUAUGUGCACAUUUCAUUAGUUUUAUUGAAAAUAUAUUCGUAAUUCUACAAAAAUCUUGUAAAGCUCGCUACCUGUGGAGUAGUGGAGUUAUAUUAUAUUAGGGCAUAUACAUGCAUACACAUAUAAUAUUAAAUACAUACCAACAAUUAUAUUGUGAAAAUAUUUGUGUAAAUUUAUUGCAAUUUAAACAAAAAGCCAUCCUUGCUCAAUGUAAUCACUGCUACAACGUACAGUUAUACACACAUGUACACAUAAAUAUUUGUAUACAACCGAAGCACUAUUUGGUAGAAGAAAAGGAAGUGUAAGAGCAUUUCUUGAACGUUCCCGCAACAGUCGGGUCUACGUCACUCAAGAACUCGAUCCAUUCCUCAUGAAUUUUUGCGUAGAGUGCUAUACCGUUACAGCAGCAACAGGCGCAUUUUGCAAAGUGAUGUCCCCAUGACUUCUCUAAAAUUGCGUUUGACCAAGAAUGAUAGAUUACAAGCUUUGGCCAUCUGAAGUAAAAUUGUGACAGUAACUACGGCCGCCGUAUCCGAAUGGAUUGGUGCGUGACUACCAUUCGGAAUUCACAGAGAGAACGUAGGUUCGAAUCUCGGUGAAACACCAAAAUGAAGAUAAACAUUUUUCUAAUAGCGGUCGCCCCUCGGCAGGCAAUGACAAACCUCCAAUUGUAUUUCUGCCAUGAAAAAGCUCCUCAUAAAAAUAUCUGCCGUUCGGAGUCGACUUGAAAGUGUAGGUCCCUCCAUUUGUGGAACAACAUCAAGACGCACACCACAAAUAGAAGGAGGAGCUCGGCCAAACACCCAAAACGGGUGUACGCGCCAAUUAUAUAUAUAUAUAUAUAUAUACUUCGGCUGCUACGUCGUAGGGAAUUCGACAGCGAAAGUGUGCCCGCUCAUUUCACGCGUAUUUCUACGCUUUAUAAUUGUGCUCACACUCACCAACGUUUGCUCGUGUCAGCUGGCACCAUGAAACUAAUGAGAGCCUCAUGUAAAUGAAUUCUCACCGUAUAUCGUUGUUAAAUCGUGUCAGCUGAUACGGGCGUAUGUAUCCUUCGGGCAACGGAAAGGGACUACGAUACGUUAAUGAGUGUGAGCACCAUAAUCAGUUGUUGUUCAGACGGUAACGAAGUAUCUUGAGCAAUGGUUGCGCUGAUUUUUUGUCGUAAAUUAACCAUCAUUACAUCUCCUAUUACAUCAGCAAAUCAGCUGAUUUCUUCAAAUUCUCUGAGAGCCGGAUAACGGUUUCGUGUUAGCCACACCUUCUGAAUUUUUUGCAGCAUGCACUUAACAAUCGUUGUCUAGAGUCCACCAGCAGAACAACCGAAUUAAAAAUGCUUUAUUUUUUCGCAGUGCACUUUUCAUACUCAAAAUUCUAUGUAUGUGAAUAAAUUAUAAGGCAGGAUUUUAGCAAGAUAAACAACUUUUGAUAUUGAAGUCUGUAACGUUCAAACAAAACUUUUUCAGGCACUUGAAAGCAUGGCUUAUAUGUAAAAUAUUUGGAAUACUUCUCUCUCGAUUUACAUCAACGUCAAGAGAAUUCAUUGAAGAUUCUUCCAGUGUGUACUAACUGUGCUGUAGUGUACUAAUCAAUAAUAUUACUUCUAUUGAAAAUUCUUUACAUAUACUAUAUAUAUGAUAGAUAAAAUACAAAAAAAAUUGUAUUUAAAAAUAAAGUAAUAAAGAUAUGUAACUAUUUUAAAUUGUAAGUAUUAAAUAGAGUAAUAAUAUUUGCGUGAAAUUAUUAAGUAUAAAAUCUCAAUAUGUAAGUUGCAGCGUCGAAACAGUCGUUAAAAAUAAAGCAAAUGUAUUUA